GCGGAAGCGAAGAUGCCGCACGGCAGCAGCAGCAGCAGUGGCAGCGGUUUGCGAUUCGGAGCAUGACCUCGAUGAUGAGUGCAAGCACUGCGGACGACACGACCCAGCAAAGUUUACCGUCGUUCACGUCGUUCUCCGCCGAGCUGGAGCCCUCGUGGGACUACUACGAGCAGCGUCCGGAACGUUCGAACAGUGCCACGAACGGGUCCACCGAUGUGAUUGCAUCGCAAACGACCUCUAACGGCAGCUACACGCGUCCUUGGGAGAUGGACACCAAGGAUAAUCGGAUGGCGCCCCCGAACGGGCCACCCGGCACGCCCGGUCCACCGCCACCGCCCACCCCGAGCGGGUUCGAUCAUGGCGGGUUCCCGAAACUGCCCUCGUUUCAAAGCCAGUUUCAUAGUUUUACCGACACGGCCAUGGUAACGCCGGAACCAAGCUUACCACAGGUAACGGCCGUACCCGUGCCGAUCUCACCGAGUUCCGCAUCGCCCGGAACGGGUGGUUCGCUGACGCAGCUAACACAGCUCACACCGACACCGUUGCCACCGUUACCGCAGGGUGGCUUCCACACACUGUCGGCAGUCAAUUCACGCCCGUACCCGAUCGUACCGGCCGCCAUUCCGGUGCGCGAUCUCGCGGGCAUUAAUCACCACCAGCACCAGUAUAUCGAUGAGCGGCACAUUCAGCUGUAUCAACCGAUGGCCACCUUUCAGGGCCAAACCAUCCCAACGCUUGCCGUCAUCAAGAAGGAGGCGGGUGACUACGAGAUGACUUCGCUCAACAAUGGGCCAACGUUGCACCACAGCAACUUCCAGAACCCGUUGCUCGAUAAUGGGCUGUUCGCACAGAACGGUACCGUGCACCAUAUCCAGCAUCAACCGGCCCAGCUCCAGCACCAUCUGGUGCAACAACAUCAGCAGCAGCAGCAGCAACAGCAACAGCUCUUACAGCAUCAGCCACAGCAGUUGCAGUUGCACCAUCAGCACAAUCUGGUCACACCGUCGGAUCAUCAUCACAAUAACAACAACAAUGGUGCCGCUACGGGCCCCACAACACCGAGCGGUAAGAUGAGCACCACAUCCGUCCGGUUGGAUCCGGGUACGCCGGCGCAGAUAACGCGCCUCGACAACCGGAAGAAGGAGCGCCGGAAAAUAAGGGCCGCGUCGCUCGAGUCGAGUGCCGAAUCGGAGGGCAGCGCGAUGGAGAUUGGCGACAGUGGCAAUCCGGGACAGGUGGCGGCUAUAUCGAGCACCGCCAACUUCAAGAGUCCGAUGCACACGAUGAGCAUGGACACGGACGACGGUGGUACACCGGGCGAGAAAUCGACAAAAAAGAAGCGCAAGCGCUGUGGUGAAUGUGUGGGCUGCUCGCGCAAAGAUAAUUGUGGCGAUUGCGCACCGUGCCGUAAUGAUAAGAGCCACCAAAUCUGCAAGACCCGACGCUGCGAGAAGCUGACCGAGAAGAAGAUUCUUUACGGUCCGGAUGGUCAGCUACUGAAGCCAGAGUCCCGCCGGGGACGUGGCAAAGGAAGCAAAUCGAAGGCAGCAGCAGCAGCAGCGGCAGCGGCCGCAGCAGGAGCCACAAACGGAAGCGCUAAUGGAGCGAUCGUGUCGUACGAUGCCAACGGACAAGCCGUCCGUGCUGAUGGAAAGCGUGGCCGCGGACGAGGACGUGGUGGCGGGGUAAGCGACAAGAAAUCGAGUGGUCGUGGUCGCAAGGCACUGAAUCUCGGCGCAACACCCAAGAACGUGCCACAAAACUCGGCCGUCAGCCCCGCACCGGCCUCCCUACCGCAUCCUUCCCCCAACACCACUACCGGCACCUCGUCCACGCCCAAUGUGCAGGUGCAGGGACCCCAAUCGCAGCAGCAACCGCAACAGCAAUUGGUGACCGUGUCCGGCGCACAAACGGGAACAGCCGCACCACCAACAGCCGCCAACACCGCCGCACCAGGCGUUCACAAUAGUGUGCUGCUAGCGAGCGGCCCCAGCCAACAUCAGCACCAGCAGCAGCAGCACCAGCAGCAGGCACAGCUGCAGCAUCAUCUCGCACGCCAUCCGCCUAUACCAGGUGCUCCACCACCCGGCGGAGGAGGUCCUGGGAACCUCCAGCAGCAGCAGCAGCAGCAACAGCAGCAACAGCAUCAGUCCAUCGUCAUCAAGUCGGAACCGACCGUCGAAGUCAUGAAGGAUCAGCCGCAACAGCCAAUGGCCCCAAUGGCGUUCUAUCCCACCUGGCAAGCAGACCCGUCUCAGGGCUGGCAAAAUCAAUUUAUCCAACAGAUUCCACAGAAUACUCCCGCUAUCACACCGCUGAACUCGCUGGAGUUCCAACCACAGGGAUACGCUGCAUACCAACCAAACGGUUACGUCCAGACUGCCGGCAUCGGGUUCGAUCCGAACUAUGGUCGCACGUACGCGGCACCUCCCGCCGUACAGCGCUACGACUUCCAGGCCAACCAGAUUGCGCCGAUCAAUCAGGUGUCACUGCAGAGCGUCAGCUUUGCGCCCACAGUCACCUACGCCGGUCAGGUGUCGACCGGCCCGGCUACGAUCGUGUCCGGCCACGCCGGCAACAAUCCGCACGAUCAGUUCAAUCUGCAGCUCGGUGGCAGCAAGCAACAGCAACAGUCUUCGACGACAGCUUCGGCGACGUCGGGAAACGACAUGCCUGGAUAUCCACGGGUGAACAGCGUACCGCCGCGCUCACUCAAUUGUAAUGGAUAUUCAGGCCAGCAAGAUUACGGCGGUCUGCAGACGUCGACGACGACAACCACCACCACGGCAGCGAGCGCGAACGGUAACAACAGUACGCCCUCCGCUAGUGCGUCAUCGUCCCCGUCUGCAUCCACGGUUGCGACCGCUACGAACGCCGGCAACGGUGGCAGUAGCAGUAGUAACAGCAGUAACAAUUCCACCACCAACAACAAUGGCAGCACCGGCUCCUCGUCCUCCAUGCACCCACCGCAGGGCGUUCCACAGUCUCCGAACCGUCAGCCACCGCGCCCAAACUCGAACCAGCAGCUGUACGCCCAACAGUCCCCGAAUCCGUACAAUGGGGGCAGCUCGUCGGGCGGUGGCAGUUUGCAGCAGUCUCCGAGCCACAACGGUAACAACACACCGGUCGGGUACGGUAGCGGCAGUGGUGGACAGAGCGGGAUGCACACACCGUCCCCAAUGCAGCAGGGCACACCAACCGACAAUCAGCAUCAGCAAUCGCCCAACCACAUGCAGAGUGACUGGGGGUGGAACCAGCAGCAGCAGCAAUCGCAACAGUCGUCCGGUGCGGAUCUGUUCAAUCAGUCCGAUCGGGUGAACUUAAACUCCCGGCUCAAGACGAUGAUCAUGAACAAGGGUGACCAGAAGGACAGCAGCGGCAUGUCGCACCUGGGAUCGCAUCUUGGGUUGCAGCAGCAGCAGCAACAACCGACCGGUGCACAGCAAUCGACCGGUCAUUUUUUAUCGUAUAGCCACCAUCUCCGAGACAGCCUAACGCCGACACAUCUGGGUGGCCCCGGGCCGGGUACGCCCGGACAACAGUCGGCGUCGGGGGCCGCUAGUGGCCCCGGCAUGAUGGCCGGUGGCACCGGCAGCACCGGAGGCAACAGUAACAGCAGUACAGCGAACGAAGGUACUACUAUCGGAGAUGGUGGCGGCAGCGGAGGACUGAUCAACAGUAUCGGCAGCAUUGUUGAUCCGAGUUGGAAGCACCCGCAACAGGGAGCGGGUGCCACGGGAAGCAAUAGCAAUGGUAGCGGCACAAACAACAACAAUGGUAGCAGCGGAAAUCACAGUAGUACUACGUCGGUGGGCAUGAAGUCACCAUCGCUCACCGACCAUCAUCAUCAUCAUCACCAGUUACAGCAGCAGCAGCAGCAGCACGAACAUCUGCUCGCUGGCGGUGAUCUACAUCACGGUGCAAAGCAUUCGGUUUUUGAGCAGAAGCAGCAACUAAUCGACAAGAAUAAUACGGACCCCGGUGGGGGUGGUAUCGGAUCGCCGACGGGUGGUGAGCUAAAGGGCAAGAUGGGCAAAUCCGGUGGAUCUUCCUCAUCUUCCUCGUCCGGUUCACCGUCGGCAGGAUCUCCUUCGUCCAAGGCGAAGGGAAAGGGAGGUGACAAGCAUGGCAAAUCAAAGCACGGUGGUCAUCACCACCAUCAGCAACAACAUCCGGGGCAGCAACAGCAGCAAAACCAGCAGCAUCAUCUCGAUCACCUUGGACAGCAAGGACUUUUGGACACGAAAUCUUCCAGCUAUUCGAGCAGCAGCUCAAACUUUAUGAUGCAUCACGAUCAGCAGUUGCUGCACCAACAGCAACAAACAUACUCGAACAUGAACCAAACAUAUCCCGGUGGUUCGACCACCCCGAACGGCAGUCAGUCUUCUGGCUCGCUGCUCGGUUACUCACCGGCCGGUGGAUCCUCGAUGAUGGUGGACAGCAAGCUGGUGGACGAUAAGAGUCCACUGAACCGCUUCCGGCACGAUUCCCUGUCCAGUGGGUUUAAUCCGCAUCUACAGACCGGGGGAACCAGUACGUCCGGUGCGUUUCAUCAUCCGGGCGGCGGUUCGGCAGGACAGACGGCCGGCUCAAGCUACAAUCUGAUGAGCGUAAAGAAGGAGCCCGGUCUGAUGGACGAUGGCCAGUCGGCAUUGCCGAAGUUUGACGGAGGGUAUGAGAAAAACUAUCAAAAUUUUAUCCGAUACGGAGAUUACUGCGAUAACACGCAGUCGGCCGGUUCGCAAGCCUCCGUACAGCCGGGUGGUUCAUCCGUAAAGGGUGCAUCCUCCGAUUACAACAGUUACUACUCACCGUACGGAAGCUAUUCGAGCUACUCGACCCAAAACUACCCGAACUAUCACAAUCAGCAGACGGCCGGCUUUGGUAGCGGUUCGGCAAGUAACAGCAACAGCAACAGCAGUCUUGCACCAGCGCAAACACCCGAAGGUAAUGCGUUGCUUUCGCUGCCCGCCAUCACGACCCCGGUCGCACAUCAGACGAAUUUCGAGCAGCAAAUCCCAGCUCACACGUACCCGAUCCCGAAGAACAACAGUCUACUACCGGCUACCGAUCCGGUAUCGAUCAAGUUGGAAGCGGACGAUUCGGCGUACGGAAGCAUGGGCAAUAACUCGACGAACCUUGGUUCGGAACCGGGCAGUGAUCCGGGUAAUCAAUCUUCCGGACCGGGUGGUCCACUGGCGGAGCUCGAUGUUGCGUCCGGCGGAGUUCAGGCUGGAUCGUUGGCAGCGUCGACUACUGGUGGUACGACAAACACCACCACAACGACGACUACCACCACCACUGGCAACACUUCCACCGGCACUAAGUCAAAAUCGAAAAAGGGUGAAAAGAAGGACAAAUCAAAGGAUAACCAUGGGGAAGGAGGUGCCGAGGGUAAGGCGGAAGGUACAACGACUGGCAAAAGCAAGAGCAAGAAGGAAUCGAAAAACGUCAAGAAGGAACCGAUUGAUCCGGCCCAGAAGGCGGACGACGAUAAGCUGGAGAAAUCGCACAAACCGGAAGCGCCCGAUUGCGAUUGUUUCAGUACCGGCACGGACAAGGCACCGUCCGAACCGGGCAGCUACUACACGCAUCUUGGCUGUGCAGCAACACUGGAAGAUCUGAGGCGAGAAACGGAACUGCGCGUAGGUCUUACGGGCAAGCAGCUCCGCAUCGAGAAAGUCGUUUAUACUGGCAAGGAGGGCAAAUCGAGCCAGGGUUGUCCGAUCGCAAAAUGGGUCAUCCGGCGUGUCGAUCCCGAGGAGAAGCUCCUGUUUGUGGUGAAGCGCCGACAAGGGCAUCGGUGUAAGGCAUCGUUCAUUGUGAUCUGCAUCGUGGUGUGGGACGGUAUACCGAACCAUGAAGCGGACAGUGUCUACCGGAUGCUGGCGGUGAAGCUGAACAAAUUUGGCCUCCCGACCGUACGUCGCUGCGCUACGAACGAGAACCGAACGUGCGCCUGUCAAGGUACGAACGGACUCGAUCCGGAACUGUGCGGUGUGUCGUACAGUUUUGGUUGUAGCUGGUCGAUGUACUAUAACGGUUGCAAGUACGCCCGUUCGAAGACGGUACGCAAGUUCCGGCUGUCGGUGAAAAAUGAAGAGGCUGAAAUUGAGGAGCGCAUGAACGUGCUAGCGACCAUGUUGAGUCCACUGUAUGUGACGGUCGCACCGCAGGCCUUCCAGAACCAGGUGCAGUACGAGCGGGAAGCACCCGACUGUCGGUUGGGUUUGAAACCGGGCAAACCUUUCUCAGGUGUGACGUGCUGUUUGGACUUUUGUGCUCACACACAUCGGGACCUGCACAACAUGCAGGAUGGUUGUACCGUGCAGGUCACACUGCUGAAGCCACUACCCCCCGGAGUCAAGCCGGACGAUGAACAGCUGCACGUACUCCCGCUCUACACGAUGGACACGACGGACGAGUUUGAUAGUGAGGAGGGCCAGAAGAAGAAGCACGAAACCGGUGCCGUGCAGGUGCUGGAGAAAUUCCAAACGGAAGUACGCGUCCGAUCGACACCGUUGCAGCCCUGUCGAAGACACGGCAAGAAGCGUGGUAAUGGCAAGGAUGAAAAGCUCGGCAAGGAUGGUUCGGAUGGUGCGGCGCCGGACACACCGCCCCCACCACCACCACCAACCAAGAAGGAAAGCAAAUCCAAGAGCAAAAAGUCAUCGUCAGCAUCGACCGCAUCGAACAGUGGUGGUGGCGGCUCGACGGGUAAUAGCGUCGCGUCACCCGGUCCCGGUGGAAGUGGUGCGGGUGGUGCGGGUGGUUCGUCCGGGUCCGGAUCGCCACGUGCUCACACACCCGGGAGCCAGAAAUCGACGGGCAGUGGGAAGAGUUCUUCCAACGCGACGCUUGAUCCCGUUACGGGUGUACUGAGCGAGAAGCACAGCUCACCACUGCACGGACAGGGUGGUCCGCUUGGAGCUGGAGGAGCUGCGGGAGGAUUGGUUGCGGGUGGCAAUGGAGGAUCGGGAACGAGCGCUUUCACCGCGCCAAAUACGAUCAACUCCCCGAACUCGGUAGCGAACAACAACACCAACAGUACGCUUAUCGAUAUGGCGUCGAUGAUCGAUAACUUCACGGACGCUCAGCUACAGUCGAACCAAAUCUCGAGCACGGUGCUAGAUUCGCCGUACAGCUACGACUACAACACCGGUCAGUACAUUGACAACCGGCAGUAUUACAACAAUUGGCCCACGGAUUACUACGGUAAUCGGGGUGAUCCGAGCAAGUUGACCGGGUUAGGUCGGAACGAGGAGAUCCCCGAUACGACCACACGUCCCGGAAGCAAUAGUAGCAAUUCGGCCUUUAGUCCGAGCAUUCCGGAUCCUACCAAGACACCCACACCGAUCCACAUGGAUGAUUAUGGUAGUACGAAGCUGAGCCAGGGACAGGUCCAUCAUCACCAUCAUCAGUUGCAGCAACAGCAGCAGCAACAGCAACAACAUCAACAGCAACAUCAGCAACACCAGCAACAUCAGCAGCAUCAGCAAACUCAACAGCAGACCCAAAACACCUACCACACGCUGCAACAGCCGGAGCAGGGUUUUGUGAAGCCAAAGCCGCCGGAUUACAAUCCAGCCGCCGGGUACGGUUACCAUCAUCCGAACACUCCGAUGGGUUACGGGUACCACCACCAUCAUCACCCGCCGUACCAUCACACACCGUACGAUCCGUACCAGAACUACAACUAUGGAUAUCCGCCCCAGAGCUAUCAUCAUCAUCACCACACGACAUAUCACAACAUGUAUCCGGCGGCGGCAGCUGCAGCAGCCGCAGCCCAAACGCAACUUCCCGGGACGGGCCCCGCGCCACCACCGCCACCUACUGCGGUUAUACCUGCACCACCACCACCCUCCAACUGGAACCUGUACCCACCGCAUCUUGGUUCCGGGCCGACUACGGCACAGCUGCACGUUGCAGCGGCCGCCGCUGCCGGUGCACUCGGCAAACAGUCCGAUCUGGGGGCGGGUGGUGGUGGUGGCAUGAUGUCCCAGUCGGCAGUCGGUGGACCGGUGCAGGGACCGGCACCACCACCCCCAGCAGCCCCGCUUCCGCCCAAAGAAACGCUUGGCGAGGUGACGGAAACGAACGAGAAUCUGGACUGCUUCGAGGAUCCGCAGAUGGGCGGUGUGGCGAUAGCGCUACCGCACGGAAGUGUGAUCAUAGAGUGCGCCAAGCUGGAGAUGCAUUCGACGACGGCGGUGAAAAAACCGAACCGAUUGAACCCGACGCGCAUGACGCUGAUCUUUUACCAGCACCGGAACCUGAACCGGCCGAAGCACGGCAUUGCGGAGUGGGCGGAAAAGAUGCGGCUGAAGAAGCUGGGCAUACCGACGAACGAUCCGCUGGACGAUAAGGAUAUGCUGCUGGAGGACGACAUUAAAGCGGAACCGCUCGACGAGCUGCACCAUAUGCGGCAUAUGGGUGAUGAACAUGACAUGAUGGACGUAGAAUAUCCGGGCGUCUAGUGGUGAGAGAAGGAUCUGCCAUCGAGGCCAACGACACUGGAUGAGCAGAUCGGACCACUAGACGUUACUACACCACCAACACAACCGAUGCAGCCGGCGACGACAGUAGUGAGUGGCAAACAGUCGUUGGUCGCAUCGGGCCUGGGACA